AUGGCGUCUGCUAUAGCUGGCCAGCAACAGCCGUCACAUGAGGACCUUCCAGAGUCAGUCUUCAAGAAGAGUUACAACUUUCCGCCCUUCUUCAGUCCUCAGCCCAGCUCUCUGACCCGACAAGCCCAACUGAAAAAAUGGUCUGAGUUCGUCCAGCGCUAUUGUCGACAUUACCGUCUCUUCCAACUCUCGGUCAUUGACACCCUCCAGAGCCCGCUGUUCUACAACUCAAGGCUCAAAAAGGGCCUCAGUCUGAAAGAUGCCAAGGCCGUGAUAGACCACAUGGCUAGCAAGGACGGUGACGAGAGAGCCGAAUGGCGCGGCCCGGAAAAGUCUGUGGCCUGGAUUUGGUGGCGGACACCCGAAGAGUGGGCGGCCUUGAUCGUGAACUGGGUGGAAGAAACCGGUCAGAAGGGAACGGUGCUGACGCUCUAUGAACUGGUCCAGGGUGAAACCACGGAGAAGCAGGAGUUCUACGGACUGGAUAUGGAAGUGCUGCAAAAGAGUCUCAACACGCUGGUCAAGAAAGGAAAGGCGCAGGUAUUUGGAACAGAGGAUCAACAAGGUGUCAAAUUCUUCUGA